GAUUUUCUGACUUUAGCUAUGAUUCUCUAUUAUUUGGCUUCCGCAUUUCGAGUUUCAUCGAGGAUUGAUGAUGAUUUUAUUGACAAAAUCAACUACUUUUACACGACAACAAUACGUAAAUUUUUUUCAUUUCUGAUCCUUAUCUUGUUAUGUUCAUUAAAGUUGCAUCAUUUGCACUACUUGUCACUGCUAAGCAAUAUUUAUGUGCAAAAUACCUAUUGGAUUCCCAUGGAAGAAGAUAUCCCUCGUGAAGUUUAUUCGAGGAGAAAUCGUCAGAUUGGUUACUACCAAUGGGUAAUAUUCGUUAUUUAUCCGAUUGAAAAUAAUUUUAUAUUAAAUACGAAGGUGCCCUUCAUUUUGGCACUUCAAGCGCUUUUCUUCUAUAUUCCAUGCAUUAUUUGGCGUGGCCUUCUUUAUUGGCAUUCAGGCAUUUAUUAUUAUUAUUUGAAGAAAAUAUCAUUUUUAUGUUCUGGAGAAAUAAGUUUUAUUUUAAGGGAUAAAUCUUCAAGGACUUGUGCAGAUGGCAUGUGA